AUGCAGGAUUUCCUUUGGCGAAACCACAGCUCUCUUACUGAGUUCAUUCUUCUAGGAUUCUCUAGUGAUGAGAAGAUAAAUGUUAUUCUAUUCAAUGUCUUUCUCUUCCUCUACCUCAUCACCCUUCUAGGCAAUGGGCUCAUUAUCACUUUGAUACGUAUGGACUCCCGCCUCCACACACCCAUGUACUUUUUCCUCAGUGUCUUAUCCAUUCUGGACAUGGGUUAUGUCACCACCACAGUGCCCCAGAUGCUAGUUCACCUGGUCUGCAAGAGGAAGACCAUCUCCUAUAUUGGAUGUGUAGCCCAAAUGUACAUCUUCCUGAUGUUGGGAAUCACUGAGUCUUGGCUUUUUGCAAUCAUGGCUUAUGACAGGUAUGUGGCCAUUUGCCAUCCUCUCAGGUAUAAAGUCAUCAUGAGCCCUUUGCUUUGUGGCUCACUGGUGGCCUUCUGUGGAUUCUGGGGCAUCAGUUGUGCCCUAAUAUAUACAGUCUCUGCUAUGAUUCUUCCUUAUUGUGGCCCCAAUGAGAUCAACCACUUUUUCUGUGAAGUACCUGCUGUCUUGAAGUUGGCUUGUGCAGAUACCUCUCUCAAUGACAAAUUGGAUUUCAUCCUAGGCUUCAUUCUUCUUCUGGUCCCACUCUCCCUCAUUAUCAUUGUCUACAUCAAUAUCUUUGCUGCCAUUUUGAGAAUCCGCUCAACCCAAGGGCGGCUCAAGGCCUUCUCCACCUGCGCUUCCCACAUCACUGUAGUCACCAUGUUCUCUAUCCCUUGUAUGGUUAUGUAUAUGAGACCGGGCUCUGAGUCCUCCCCAGAAGAGGACAAGAAGCUAGCUCUGUUCUACAAUGUCAUCUCUGCGUUCCUGAACCCUAUCAUCUACAGCCUCCGAAACAAAGAUGUCAAAAGGGCUUUCCUCAAAGUGAUAGGCAGGAGCCAAGGAUCAUAA